CUUCUCAGAGAAACUCAUGUGAUGCAUUUUGUGCAAUAGCUGAUUUUGGGGAAGCUGGACAAAGACGAGGAGAUAAGGGUUAUUUACCCAAUGAGAGCAUGAGUUGACAACACUGCUAAGCAUGGCAUGGACCGCUCGGUCGCAGGGUCAGGGUCACCAGAGAGCAAAGCCACCCCAUCAAACCCAUCUCCCUGCGUCCAUGAGAUCUCUUCCCUUGAGAGAAGAUGGUUUAGAUGACGAACUUAUCUUUGCUGAUGAUGUGGUGCUUGGCUUUCUGCUUAACUGAGCACAAUAAAUAUUGUGCCUCACCCUGUCUUAUUCAAAUCAAUCUGCUCUAGGCCUGGAGCGUUUUUGAGGAAAAAGGAAGAAAUUUGCAUUUGCAUCUGUUCAGUGCCAAGGGUAAUGUAAUCCUUUCCCACCCAUGAUGGCAACAGUGAGGAAGGCUGAGCACUAGAGCAGGGCAGGAUUUGGGGACUGUAAUUCGUGUUCUUCGACUUUGCUGACGCACUGCAUUUGAUUUUUCAGGGUGGGACUACCUUUCUCUGGCCCGUUCUCAGAAGCUUAACUCCUCUCCUUCCAAGGAGGAAGUCAUGUUAUAAACCACAGUGCAGAUGGGAUUCAAGCUUUUGCCAGACGUUACUGUGCUGCUUUUUCACCUGGAAGGAUCCCAUCAACAAAUACCUCCGUGGCUACUACAUCCAUCAGGACUCACCUGGGGAGGCUGAGCUGGCACAAGCAAACCUGCCAAGGUGAGCAAACCCUGCAGGGAGCAGCAGACCCUGCCUGGGGCACUUACAGGUGUCCCCAGGCAACCAGGACAGUCACUCCGUGUCUGUCACCCAGGGGUUAACCACUGCAGCUUGUGUGGGUGCACCUGGCACUGCUUUAGGGCCACCCUCCUGUCCUGGGGCAUUUUUUUCCAGCCCUGGAGAUCUCCCAUUCCCAGAGUCAGGACAUGACAGGCAAAAUGAACAAGGGAGCGGCAGGAAAUUGCUCCCCCACAACAGCACGUCCCAGGGGAUACAAUUCACCAAUUCACCCUUGGGUGCUGGGACAACUGUGUGCUUUGGUCAACAUCCAGGCUUGCCUCGAUCUUUCCCGACAGUAGAGGGUGCCCGGGGCCCGGGAAUACUGUGCUGGAGGCAUUGCCUGGGGUUGUCCAGCUCCCCGAGGGUCUCACCCAGCCAGGAAUUCUGUGUCAGCAUAAAAGACACCAGAGGCCAGACACUGCACCCCCAUGCACGCACAGUGAAGCACCGAAUUACAGGUGGGAGUGGGCUUGGUGUUGUUUUACUCUCCAGAGAGGAAAACAGGGUGAGGAAGGGGAUUUUCCCAGCCUAUACAAGUUUCUUCGGUUUAUCAAGGAUUCCUGUUGUGCAGUUUGUUGUGCAAUUCCCUGGGAAGCAGAAUUCUGUGGGUAUAGGCAGGGUAGAAGGGGGACAGGGAUAGUGACUGGCUCUGCUGUUAUCUUCCUAGUGGCAUUAGGGAUUUAUAUAUGGAUAGAUAGAUAGAUAGAUAGAUAGAUAGAUAGAUAGAUAGAUAGAUAGAUAGAUAUAGACCCACUCCUCCUCCUGUGGCUGCUGCUGCCCCUCCCUUGAGAUGGGGUAGUUAUGGAGAGGGGCAUGGAGGGGUAUCAGGCAGGAUACAACCUAUGAGCCUUUCUGGCAGCCUGCUCUGCUUUGGGGACGUGCAGACCUGGCGAGUUGUCACUGUGUGACCCUGUGCCCAAGUUCUGGGCUGAGCCCGACGAAGUGAUGCUGCUUAAUUGGAGCUUUUAAUGCGCCGUGGAGCUGGUGUGUGUUACAAAGAGCCGUCGGGGCCGGAGGAUGCUUAGGACCCAGGGGAAGCGCUGUAGAGCCUGGCUGGCUGAGCUUGGAACAGCUCCUGCCUCGCCGGCCGGGACUUCUCAGGUGUCCUGGUACUGCAGAGCUGUGCGAGGCGAGCGGGGCCCUCCUGGCAGCUCCCCCUGCCUCACACCCAUGCCCGUCCCCUGAACCCCCUGGGCACCCAUGUGCUCCCCCGGGGACUGCUCCGCACCAUGAAUGACCAGUACCACCGGGCCGCCCGGGACGGCUACCUGGACCUGCUGAAGGAAGCCACCAAGAAGGACCUGAACUCGCCGGACGAGGAUGGCAUGACCCCGACCCUAUGGGCUGCCUACCACGGCAACCUGGACGCCCUGCGCCUCAUUGUCAGCAGAGGGGGUGAUCCAGACAAAUGUGACAUCUGGGGGAACACCCCUCUCCACCUGGCAGCAGCCAACGGCCACCUGAACUGCCUUUCCUUCCUCAUCUCCUUUGGGGCCAACAUCUGGUGCCUGGACAACGACUACCACACCCCGCUGGACAUGGCAGCCAUGAAGGGGCACAUGGAGUGCGUGCGGUACCUGGACUCUAUUGCUGCCAAGCAGAGCAGCCUCAACCCCAAGCUGGUGAGCAAACUGAAGGACAAGGCCUUUCGGGACGCGGAGAGGAGGAUUAAGGACUGUGUGAAGCUGCAGAAGAAGCACCACGAAAGGAUGGAGAAACGGUACAGAAAGGAGAUGUCGGAUAAUUCAGACACCAUGAGCUUUUCCAGCUAUUCAAGCAGCACCUUAAGCAAGAAGUUCCAGCACAUGUCUAUGGUGACCUCUCUGCCAUAUUCACAAGCCACCAUCCACGGCACAGCCAAGGGAAAGACGAAAAUACAAAAGAAACUAGAGAAGAAGAAGCAGAUGGACGGGACAUUCAAGAUCUACGAGGAUGGGAGGAAGAGCAUGAGGUCUCUGUCCGGCCUGCAGCUGGGCAACGACGUCAUGUUUGUGAAGCAGGGCACGUACGCCAGCCCCAAGGAGUGGACUCGCCGUAACAUCAGAGACAUGUUCCUCACGGAUGAAGACACUGUCUCCCGUGCCAUAAGUGACCCGGGCUUGCACAUGGACUCGGCCCACUCAGAAGUCAGCACUGACUCUGGCCAUGAGUCCCUGUUCAACCGCCCCGGGCUGGGCACCAUGGUGUUCCGGCGCAACUACGUCAGCAGUGGGCUUUUUGGGAUCGGCCGGGAGGAUGGGGGCACGCUGGGAGAAGACAACACAGACGGGAUGGGCGUCAAACUGCGGAGCCGCCUGCAGCGCUCGCCAAGUCUCAACGACAGCAUUGGCAGUGCCAACAGCCUGCAGGAGAGGAACGCGGAGGAGCUGCCCUGGGAUGAGGUGGAGCUGGGCUUGGACGAUGAUGACGAACCAGACACCAGCCCCUUGGAGACUUUUCUGGCUUCCCUGCACAUGUUUGAGUUCAUCUCCAUCCUGAAGAAGGAAAAGAUUGACUUGGAGGCCCUCAUGCUAUGUUCAGACAAUGACCUGAAGAGCAUCAAUAUCCCACUGGGCCCCAGGAAAAAGAUUGUGGAUGCCAUCCAGAGGAGACGACAAACUCUGGAGAAGCCAGAUGUCAUUGUAGACACUGAACUGUAAGUAGGAGAUGGGGCCUCUGAGCAGUUAAACCCUUCAGCAGGUGGAGAUGUGGAUAAUGUAAGGUCUUGUUUUCAACCCGCUUGGAAGAGUAGGAGUCCAGGUAACCUCAGCACUUCUGUGUGUGGGCAAAUUCCUGCUCGUGUGGAAAGGAUGAGAGUUUGGAGAGGUGGCAAUAGCGUUAGCUCAUUACUCAACAGCCCUGAUGUGACUGGGCAGGACGUGAAGCCCUUGUUUCAUUUCAUAACUGGUAUGAAUGCUGACUGCUCUGUGGUCUGAUGCUUCUCUGUCCCUGUAGCUGAGAUUUUCAACCACACUCAGGCUUGUCCUGACUCCUCACCUUUUGAAGACAUUAGGAAAUCAACUGCAGUUCCCUGUGGGAGCAGGCUGACAGCCGUGCCCAGUGGCAUUGGGAAUCCUUCCCCAAAUGCUUGAGAUCUUACUCAGACCUCUGGAGACUGCAUAUCUGGGUUGGAGUUGUUGCUCUUUUAUGGUGUUUCCAGAGUUUGGUUGGGUUGGGCUGAAGGACCAUGUGCCUGAACAGAAGUGAGGGAAGGCAUUGGUGUGGGUGUCCCCACGUCCACUGACACAGUAAUUCACUGAGUUGUUUGGGCUGCCCAGCCUUCAGAUAUCUGCGUGCUGCUUUUACAGGCUUUCAGUACAGGUCUUGGAUCCUCUGGGUGCUUAUAGAUUUUUCUCUUUCCCUUUGCAGAUAGCAUCAGCACCUUUUUAUUUUUAUUUUUUUUUAAUGCUCGAGAAACAAACCCAGUUCUAAGUUGCCAGAAAACACAAGCCAGAGACUCCCUUCCUGGGGCAGCUGAAAGCUACAGCCAUCCCCACCAGUCCUGCUGGACUGCUCCCUUGCUCUGCUCCCUGUCUGUGCGAUGCUCCUGGGCGGUACCUGGUACGGAGGGACGACUGCUGAGAUCGGACCAGGCAGCACCAACCUGCCAACCUUGAAGGGACCAUGGUCUCCCCCUCACUGGAGGAAGAAGUGACCUGCACAACUGGCUGGGACACUGCUGUCACAGGCUGUGAGACCACAUGAAGCCAUGAAUGGAAGGAGAUAACGUGAUAUUUUCAAAGCGACCCAGAAUAAAUAAUUACAAUCUA